CGUUCAUGAUUAUAGGAAAUGUCCACCGAUCAUAAAGAAUUAUUACUUCGACAGGCUGCACGUUUAGCUAUACGUGCAAAUGAUUUUGCAUUAAAUGGUGAUUAUAUCGAUGCAGUUAAAUAUUAUACACAAGCUAUUGAUCAUUGUGGUGAACAUGCCAUUUUCAGUUUCUAUCUUAAUCGUGCAUUAUGUUUACUGAAAAUGGAUUUUUCCUAUCUAGCUCUUUUCGAUGCUAAUCAAGCUGUACGAUUAUCACCACAGAAUGUUAAAUGUUAUUAUAUUAGAAGUCGUGUGUUACGAAAAUUAAAACGCCAUGAAUUGGCUCAAAAUGAUCUUAAAAUUGCCAUGAAAAUUUGUCCAAAUUGUGAAAUUAUUCGUGAAGAAUCUCAACGUAUAAAUGAACAAAGUGAACGUGAAUUAUGUUUCUUUAAUGAAAAAUUAAAAUCAUACAAUUUGAAUGAUAAAACUUAUUACAAGAUUAAAGUGAAUUUUCAUCUAAUCAAAGCACGUGAUUUACCAACAAAUAUUUGGAAUUAUAAUGGAAUUCGUGUGGAAAAUAUCCGAUAUGAUGUGCCAAUCAAAUUGAUAAAUGAAUAUUUUUCAUUAUUUGGCAAUAUUGAAUUUAUAAAACGAGCAUAUUGCUAUUAUGAUGAUGAUAAUUCAUUAUUCAUCUAUUAUUAUAAUCCAGUGACACCAAUGUUUACUAUAGCAUAUUUUCAAGGUAAAACAUUCAAAGAAUUAUGUCAAAUCAAUGAUGAUAAACAAUAUAAAUCAUUACGUUUAUAUUUUGCACCAACUGAUCAUCAAAUUGAAUUGAAAUAUUUUCGACCAAAUUAUCCACCAAUCAAUACACAAGAAUGUUAUUUUUGGCGUACAACAUACUGUAAUUUGAAAGAACGUUGUCCAAAAUUUCAUCUACAACCAUGUAAAAAUGUUGAUGCACAAAUGUGGAUGUUUAAAUGA